CGAGCAAUACAGAUCGAGGACUUCAUCUUCUUCUGACUUUUAUUUUGAUGAAACCGGAAAAGGAAACGUAGUCUUGUACCGAAGGAGGAGAGGUUGUGAACAUGGCAGAGCCAGGGGAAGGCAAGGUCAUCAAAUUGAUUCCUGAGAAUCUUUUGAAGAAAAGAAAAAAAUACCAAGCCAUCAAGGCAACCGAGGCCAAACUAGCACUCCUUCAAAAAAGGAAGGUACAAAAGGGUCGGCCUCUUCGUUUCAAGCGCUUGGAAGAUUUCCUCAAACAUGGAAAGCGACACCACAGAGAUGAGCGCCGUAUUCAGAGAGCCAAAGGGAGGCCUCUUCCAGACCUGCCUCUCGUGAAGAACAACCUUGCCUUCAUCGUCAGAAUCAAAGAGGUUAAAGGCAUCAGUCCCAAAGUAAUGAAAGUCUUGCACAUGUUCCGUGUGCGCAAAAUAUUCAGCGGCACAUUUAUAAGAAUAAACAAAACAUCACUGAAGAUGCUGAAGACAGUGGAACCUUAUGUGGCAUGGGGGUUUCCCAAUUUGAAAUCAGUACGUGAACUCAUCCUGAAGAGAGGCCAAGCGAAGGUCAACAAGAGGAAGGUUGCCCUCACUGACAACGCAUUCAUUGAAGAACACAUGGGUAAGCAUGGCAUCAUCUGUCUGGAAGACCUCAUUCACGAAAUCUAUUCCGUUGGGAAAAGCUUCCGUGCGGCAAGUCAGUUCCUUCUGCCCUUCAAGUUAUCAGUUCCUCGCCACGCAGCCAGAGAUCAAGUCGGACUGUUGAAAGACAUUGGUGCCCCCGGAGCACGGGCAGAAGACAUCAACAAAAUCAUAAGACAGUUGAAUUAAGAGACAUUGGGACUUUUGUGGCAUUUUUGUUCAUUUCCUACCUACCUGAUGGGACAUGCUAUCAACAUCAUCAGACAGUUAAAUUAAUUUCCUUGAACUUGUUUUUUUAUCACCUCAGUUGGCAGGUGCAUAGGAGAUGGCCCAUGGGUCACUCAUCAGGAAAUUAAAACAAAAAAAACUCCCACACACGGACCAUUUCACUCUUUUCUUCAAUACAUAACGUUUCAGACCUCUAGGACUGAACCGUUGUGCCUCUUUAAUACGUGUUCCUUUAAUAAUCGCCGUUUUCUGUCUUAUUAAAGAUAGCAGCGAAAUGGUCAGUGUGUGUUUUUUUUAAAUGUCUGAUUUUUCAUUUCCUUCUUGAUGGGACAUGCUAUCAGGUUAACCAGUUUCCAGACCAUUGGAAAACCUAAAAGUAUGUUUGGGCUCUUUUUGUGCCUUCUUGUUCAAUUUCGGGCAAUCUUUCACGAAGAAGUCUUGUCUGAACAAACCAUGGACAUAGCGUCUGUUGUGUUUCUUUGUAAUGACUGUCAUAUUGCAUAUUGCAAGUUAAUGAAUAAACAGUACUACAUGUGAA